AGCACAUGCGCAGUGCGGCCGGCGGAGGGAUUCGAGGCCGGGCCCGCUGCCCGUUCUGCUCGCGAGCUGAGGCCGCGCGGGUGGUGAGGGCCGUCCCGGUUAGCGCGCGCGGCGCGGACCUCUGGAGACAGCUGACGCGGACGCCGCCGAAGUGGAAGCCGGAGCGGGAGUUUUCGUCGGUGAACGGCGGCCGCGAGGCCUGAGACUAACGUCAGGCCGAGGAGGGCGCCGCGCGGCUUGGCAAGAUGACGCAGUUUCUGCCUCCCAACCUUCUGGCCCUCUUUGCCCCUCGAGACCCCAUCCCGUACCUGCCACCCCUGGAAAAGCUGCCACAUGAAAAACAUCAUAACCAACCUUAUUGUGGCAUUGCACCAUACAUCCGAGAGUUUGAGGACCCUCGAGAUGCGCCUCCUCCAACAAGGGCAGAAACCCGAGAGGAACGCAUGGAAAGAAAGAGACGGGAAAAGAUUGAACGGCGACAACAGGAAGUGGAGACAGAGCUGAAAAUGUGGGACCCUCACAAUGAUCCCAAUGCUCAAGGUGAUGCCUUCAAGACUCUGUUCGUAGCUAGAGUGAAUUAUGACACAACAGAGUCUAAGCUUCGGAGAGAGUUUGAGGUGUAUGGACCCAUCAAAAGAAUCCACAUGGUAUACAGUAAGCGCUCUGGAAAACCCCGUGGUUAUGCCUUCAUUGAGUAUGAACAUGAACGAGACAUGCACUCCGCUUACAAGCACGCAGAUGGCAAGAAGAUUGAUGGCAGGAGGGUCCUUGUGGAUGUGGAGAGGGGCCGGACUGUGAAGGGAUGGAGGCCCCGGCGUCUAGGAGGUGGCCUUGGUGGGACCAGAAGAGGUGGGGCAGAUGUGAACAUCAGGCAUUCAGGCCGUGAUGACACUUCCCGAUAUGAUGAGAGGCCGGGCCCCUCCCCACUUCCACACAGGGACCGGGACCGGGACCGCGAGCGGGAGCGCAGAGAAAGAAGCCGAGAGAGAGACAAGGAGAGAGAACGGAGACGCUCCCGCUCUCGGGACCGGAGGAGACGCUCCCGGAGUCGAGACAAGGACGAGCGGCGUCGUUCCAGAGAGAGAAGCAAAGACAAGGACCGAGACCGAAAGCGACGGAGCAGUCGCAGCCGGGAGCGAGCACGCCGGGAGCGGGAACGAAAAGAGGAGCUUCGAGGUGGUGGAGGUGGCGGUGGUGGUGGCGGUGGUGGUGGCGGUGGCGGCGACAUGGCUGAACCCUCUGAAGCUGGUGAUGCAGUUCCUGAUGAUGGGCCUCCUGGAGAGCUUGGCCCUGAUGGCCCUGAUGGCCCAGAGGAGAAGGGCCGGGAUCGAGACCGGGAGCGCCGUAGGAGCCACCGGAGUGAGAGGGAACGUCGAAGGGAUCGAGACCGGGAUCGGGAUCGAGAGCACAAACGGGGGGAGCGGGGCAGUGAGCGGGGCAGGGAUGAGGCUCGGGGUGGGGGUGGCAGUGGUCAGGACAAUGGGCUGGAAGGUCUAGGUAGUGAUGGUCGAGACAUGUACAUGGAGGCAGAGGGUGGUGAUGGGUACAUGGCCCCAGAGAAUGGAUAUCUGAUGGAGGCAGCUCCCGAAUGAAGAGGCCUCCUGUGUUGUGGACAUGCUCCUACUUUGCUGUCUGCCUUCUUAGCCUUUCCACCAUGGCUUGUCCUCCGAGGGUAGAGGGUUGGUUUUGUUUUGUUUUGUUUUUUUGUUCUGGUCCCUUGGAUUUAAAAAUAAAAUUAAUUUCCUGUUGA